CGUGCGCGUUGGAAAAUGAAGAUCAGUGAAUGAAGGAGAAAAAAGGAAAGUGACUCUCUGGCCGCGGAAACGGUGCCGGUUAUGUAACUCGCGGUUCACGAGUGAACACGGCGAAGACGGAGGCGCGAGGCGGAAAAUAACAAUAAAAUCCUCCUCCGGCGGAGAGACACGCACUCUGCACGAGCCGCGCGGGAGCCCCGGCGUGCGCGCGCGGCCCCUAAUCGAAGGAAGAACCUGGUUGGGAACGUCGCUCUGUGGAUUUUCUUUGGGACCGUUUGAAUAAAUCAACCACUGGAUCCCGCCCUGCUGUUUCUGCGACUGACCUCCAUGGAAAUCCGAAGGUGACUGACCGAGAUAGAAGCGCCUCAAUGCUAGCGGUCAGCUUUAUCGGCUAACCGUCCCCGGAUGAUCAGCUAGCCACCACCCGGGAAGGCUCGGCCAGCCGGUUGGGACAGUGGUAGCAGCUACUAGCCAUCAGGAGGUCGGCGCUAACGGCUAGAUCUGGUGGUAGAGGUGAGCCGCUAGCUGGAGGAGGCUAGUGAGCGGAGUGUGUCUGCUUUUCCGUAAGGGUUUGAGCGCAGUCGGCGCGAAUGGGACACGGCACCGUUCGCAGACGGCCUGGAUGGGAGAGGGAGUGAGCAUGGACAAUCUUUCUGAAUUCGGUGGUCUUUGUCCGUCCAGCCGGAGGGAAUGGGAAACCAGCAGCUGUGUGGACGACUUGAUGGACGAAGAUGAGAAAGACAGAGCUAAGAGGGCGUCCCGUAAUAAGUCGGAGAAGAAGCGGAGAGACCAGUUCAAUGUGCUCAUUAAAGAGCUGUGCACCAUGCUGCAGGGGCAGGGCCACCCCCGCAAAAUGGACAAGUCCACCAUCCUGCAGAGGACCAUCGACUUCCUGCAGAAGCAGAAAGAGAUCACAGCGCAGACCGAGUCGUGUGAGAUCCGGCAGGACUGGAAGCCUUCGUUCCUCAGCAAUGAGGAAUUCACCCAGUUAAUGUUGGAGGCUCUGGACGGUUUCCUCAUUGCACUCACCACAGACGGAAACAUCAUCUAUGUAUCCGACAGCAUCUCUUCUUUGAUUGGCCAUUUACCAUCAGACAUGGUGGACCAAAACAUCCUGAACUUCCUGCCCGAGCGUGAGCAUGCGGAGGUCUACAAACUGCUGUCCUCACACCUGCUGAUGAGUGACCCCAUCACCACCGACUACCUGGAGAACAGUGAGACUCAUGUGGAGUUUUGUUGUCACUUGAUGAGGGGAAACAUCGAUCCGAAGGAGCCGCCCACCUAUGAGUAUGUCAAAUUCGUCGGAGAUUUCAAGUUUCAUAACAGCGUGCCUACGUCGUCGUGUAACGGGUAUGAGUUGGUGUUUCCGCGGACACUCCAGGCCUCUCUGGAGGAGCAGGUGUGUUUGGUGGCAACAGUCAGACUGGUCACUCCUCAAUUUCUCAAGGAUUUGUGUAACGUUGAAGAUCCAUGUGAUGAAUUCACGUCGAGACACAGUUUGGAGUGGAAGUUCCUUUUCUUAGACCACAGAGCCUCUCCCAUCAUCGGUUACCUGCCAUUUGAGGUGUUGGGGACGUCUGGAUACGAUUAUUAUCACGUGGACGAUCUGGAGCUGAUCGCUCAGUGCCACAAGCAAUUGAUGCAGUGUGGGAAGGGGAAGUCGUGCUAUUAUCGUUUUCUAACUAAAGGCCAGCAGUGGAUCUGGCUGCAGACACACUACUACAUCACCUACCACCAGUGGAACUCCAAACCGGAGUUCAUCGUCUGCACACACACCGUCGUCAGUUAUGCUGAGGUCAGGGCGGAGAGGAGAAGAGAGUACGGCCUGGAGGAGAGCUCUUCUGAUAUGGCCACCACCUCAAUAAAGGGUCAGGAGGUUUAUCUGGACAUGUGUGCUCCUAUGGACGCAUCACGGGACAGAAUCAGUGGAGCUCAAUCAGCCUCAUCACACAGCUCCCGCAAAUCAUCCCACACCGCGCUGUCCGACUCAGCGUCGAACUCCUCCGUCCGGUAUAAGGAGACCUGCACGUCGUCACGGCAGUCGGCGUCUAUCGGUCCUGAGAGCUCCAGCAGGCUGUCGCACAGCGGCUCAAAGGGUCUGAUUCAGAGACGAGCCUCCGAGCCCCUCCCCCAAUCCCCGUCCUGCUCACAACCCUCAGUGAUUUCGUCUGCGCAGCACCAGUCCGUGUGCGGAGGUUUCCAGCAGCCUCAGCUGGGAGUGAUGCACCAGCUGAAGGAGCAGCUGGAGGAGAGAACCCGGAUACUGCAGGCCGACAUCAAGACUCAGCAGCAGGAGCUCCACGACAUCAAAGAGAAACUACAGCUCGCCAACCUGCAGAUGUUGCUGCAGCAGCCGAUCCACAGUGAUUUCCCGUCCUUGUCUCCGCAGCAGCAGCAGCCUUCAGUCCAGUCGGCCCAGAACAGCCAAUCGGGAGUCAUCCGCCACAACAGCACACACACCCACACCCAUCCCAAAGCCCCACACUGCGCUCCACACGCAGCCUCACCACACACACUGCUACGAGAGCAGCCCAGCAGCUCCACCACACAGCAGAGGCUGGUUCGGAGCACUCCAAUGCAGACAGUCAGUGUUCCAGUGCAGACACACACCAGUCUGACCAUGCCGCUCUACAGUAACCCCAUGAUGUUCUCCCCAAACCACGGAUACCGGACUGUCCCAGAUACACACACGCACUUGCACCGGCACAGCGAAACGGACAACAGCCCUGACGGACAGCUACGGAUGCUGUUAAAUCAGCCGGUUCAGACUCUGGUUCAAGACAGCAGUGGAGCUCAGCUGUCUCAGUGUAACUCCACCAAUCAGCAAACCAAAUAUCUAGACCAGCAGAUGAUGGCUCCUUCCUUUCCAGUUCAACAGGUCAACUGCAACGCUGUGCUAGUCCCCUCUCCCGUUUUCACUUCACCAAUCAUGAUACCCCACAACAGCUUCAUCACUCCUCGGGCUCCGCCCGCCUACACACCCCACCCCCAAAGCACCCAGCACGGCCUGCAGAUACAACAGCCUCAACAGUUCUUUCAGAUGCAACCCCAGGGCCUCAUCCAUGGUGGCCCCACUCAGGCCUUCUUCCACACCACUAACAUCCCACCGCAAAGCACCGUGGGAUACAUACAGCAGCAACAACAACAACAACAACAACAGCAGCAGCAGCAGCAACAGCACCUUCAUUCCCAGCCUCCAGACUACCGGAACAUGUUGCCACGGUAACCCUGGGGCAGGAGCGGAGAGGCUGUCGGGAUAGCGUGUAGAGCACUAGAGCUCUGAGGCAUGAGAGAAAGGGGUGAUGGGAAGGCUCUAGAGCGAUGUUUUUCGCCGCCAAGCCUAAAACACCACGACAAAGCCAAAGUCCCUCUGUUUCCAUGGCAACGCACGCAAGGCACAGCACGAGUCGUGAGGCUCCGCCUAGCCCCUGAAACUGCACAGUGAGAAUGCAGGGUAAAGUGGUAGGAGCUAGCCAUGGAGCCCAGGGGUCAUGGAGAGGCCCCGCCCCCUCUGACCCCCUGCGUCUCACCGGCGUACCGGUGAGAGAGAAAAUCCUCUAGAUGAUUUCGGAAGGAAAAACGUAAAGCUAAGCGAUAAAUUAAAAAACUUUGUUAAAGCGAAACUGAAAAUUCCACUGCAGGUAAAUUUCACCACAUCAGAAAAUAUGAGUUCAAUUUUUUUUUUCUCGACAAGUUUUGUCUCGUUUUAGUUUUGUUUCAUUUCAAUGUUACGACAGUUUUGCAUCGUCUGACCAUCGCUGUGGAUGAAGCGGCACAGAAACAAACUACCUAGAUGGAAAGGACAGAUGGAGAGGCAGAUUGAGCUCAUUUCUGAUUAUUAUUUGUUGUGAAAAUGAUUUACUACACCAUCUCUAAUCUCAGUUCUCAGCUAUUACAGCCACACGUCCUCUUUACUGUAGCGUUCAAAAGUUCGGAAUCACCUGCUACAUUCAUUAUUUUUGUUACUUUAUAUAAUAGUAUCUAUCUUAUAUAAUAGUAUAAAUUAUUUAUGGAUUUCGGGGUUAAAUUGAAAAAAUUCUGUCAACAAACAGUGAAUAAAUUGAUAAAUAAUACACUGCUGUUGUCUAUUUACAUAAAUUUUUCUGGAUGGAUUCUGGAUAUUAAUUUUAUUAGAAUUUAAAGGGCCCAUAUCCUUAAAUUAUAUAAAGAAAAUAAUUUAAUGUCAAAAGUAAACAUUGUUAAAAUGUCAAAAUACUAAAUUGUUAAAAUACCAAACUAACCAGCAGAAUUUUGAAUUUAGUGUAUUUGUGAUGUCAUAAAAAGCAUUUGCAUAUAUCCACCAGUUCACUCUACAGCAGUUUAGCCCCGCCCACUCAUGCUGAAAGUAUGAGGAGUGUUUUAGCCCUGGAAUGAGGCACAACAGAGACCAGAGCUCGUUUACAUACAUCAGUGGACAGUUGCAUAGGCUUUGUUUUAAUAUUACUGAAAACAGUGAUUCCAAACUUUUGAACAGCGAUUGUGUGUAUUUUUUAUAUAUCACCCCUACAUGAGGCGGCGUUCUCAGUUAGCACGCCCCGUGUUUAUGGACGAACUCGUUUUCCUGUGUUGCUCUCACACAUGGUGCUUUCCGAUGUGCUGAAAAGUGUCAGCUGUUAUGAAAGAAAACGAGACGCCUGCCUUCGGAAUAAUGUGGCAGGUUGUAAGUCGCUCUGGCUGAAUCACACAGCUAAUCCGAAACAGAUGCUCGGCCGGACCCUAAGUUAUUAAAUUCAUGCUCUCUGCUUCAUCCAUCCUAAUCCCAGUCACCUUCUCCCACCACUAGCACUCUCUCAGAGCACGCAAACCUAAAGAGAAGCUCGAAUUUCCUGCUGUACGGCAGGAGGAAUCCUCUCGGAUCCGUCUGGAAACCAGCGCUAACAAAGUCUGAGGAAUGCCGGUCUCCCAUCUCGGCUCGAUUCUUUCCUUGUUUUGUUCUGUUCCAUGUCGGAUCCCGUCUCCACAAAAUCCUUUUCAGCUGUUCUCAAUGUCGUCUUGUUGUUUUUCCACUUGACACUUUUUUGCCGAGGUUUUGUUUCAGAACAAACGUGCCGCGUUAGCCUAGCCUAGUUCAGCACUCGCCGAAGCUGUAAAGAGGGUCCCGUAUAUAAAUCAUACACCCCGAAUGCCUUUACAGUUAGGAGUUAAAGGAAACGUCACACAGACCCCCCAAAACACAGAACAACAGAAAGGCUAGCGUAGCUGCUCGCGCGCGUUUAGCCUCACUAGCAUGACUUUUAGCCACGUUAGCAUUGCUAGGGGAGGCAGUCUUUUAGUAACGGUCACUCAAGCCGUCCAGUGAUGUUUCAUUACUGAAAUGAGCUUGAAAGGUUGGGGUUUGAUAUGUUUUCUCAGGUUGAGUGUGAAAACAACACUUGGUCAGUAUUCGCCUGCAGCAGGGAGGAGAUUUUAAUCCCAGAUGAUUUGAGUGAGUGGGCUAAUGCUGUUAGCUGAUGGCUAUGCUAAUGGAUAUGCUAAUAGUAUGGAUAUGCUAAUGGUUAUGCUAAUGAACGGGCUUGGGUGGACGUGUUUGUGGUCUGGUGUUCAGCACUGUGUGAAAGUUUUAGGCAUCUAAGUAAAUUUUUUAACAGUUUCCGUCAGCAGUGAGUUUAUCACAAUAUGCAUUAGAAUAAAGUCGUAUUCAUAAU